AGAAGACAAUCAACAAUGUCGAGCAGCGCCAUGGAGAAGGGGAAUCCUAAAGCUUCAGCGCAGGAUCCCGAUACGGAUCAAACGGACCGGCCGGGUCUCGAGUUCGCGCAGUUCGGCGCGGGUUGCUUUUGGGGAGUGGAGCUGGCGUUUCAACGCGUAGAAGGUGUGGUGAAGACGGAGGUUGGGUAUUCCCAGGGUCACUUGCCCGAUCCCACCUACCAACUGGUCUGCACCGGAACCACCAACCACGCCGAGAUCGUCAGGGUCCAAUUCGAUCCCGCUGUGUGCCCCUACGCCAACCUUCUCUCCGUCUUCUGGUCUCGCCACGAUCCCACUACUCUGAAUCGCCAGGGUGGUGAUGUGGGCUCCCAGUACAGAUCCGGAAUCUACUACUACAAUGAGGCCCAAGCUCGGUGGGCCCAGGAAUCAAAGGAAGCGAAGCAAAGGGAAAUGACAGGUAAAAAGAUAGUUACAGAGAUUCUUCCUGCGAAGAGAUUCUACCGUGCAGAAGAGUAUCAUCAGCAAUAUCUGGAGAAAGGGGGACGAAACGGGUCAAAGCAGUCGGCUGGGAAAGGUUGUAAUGACCCUAUCAGAUGCUAUGGUUGAUGGUCUUACGCAAUGCUUAUUGGAUCUUUCUUUGGGCCCAAUCUAACCCAAUCUGGGCUAGGCUAGGG